AUGGAUAAUUCAAAUCGUACAGGUUAUGUAGACUUCAAAACCAAUAUAAAUGGCACAGACACUGAUAUCAAAAUAUUAGAAACACUGACUCAUGUAUUUAUAUAUGUAAAUCAAGCAGAAGAGCAGGUGAAUUUAUUUGAUGACGAGUUGAAGAAAAUAUUAAAGAAAAAGGACAUAAAAAGAAAAAAGAGCUUAGAAGUCUUUUGUAACUUAAAAAGUAGAGAUAAUUUAAAUGACAUAAGUGUUUUUCUUCACAAACUUUUUAUUAAAUAA